AUGCCGGAAAACCCACCACAAGAAAUCGUCGGUGCUUCGGUUGCAAGUUUUCAAGUUCCACCCCCUGAAAAGUUCUCUUUCAAAGCAGAGGAAUGGCAAAAAUGGAUAAGAAGGUUCGAAAGAUUCAGAAAAGCCACAGCUCUGGAYAAAAAAGACGAAGAAAGUCAGGUCAGCACGUUAAUAUAUACAAUGGGCGAAGAAGCCGAUGAUAUCUUUGUGUCAUUUGAAUUAAGCACCGAGCAAGCAAAAAAAUAUGACACAGUAAGAAGCAAGUUUGAAUAUAAGUUCACGCUUAAACGAAAUGUGAUUUUUGAAAGAGCAAAAUUUAAUUCACGAGUCCAACAACAAGAUGAAACAGUUGAUAGUUUUAUCACAGACUUGUACAAACUUGCUCAGUACUGUGAUUUUAAGAUAUUGAAGGAGGAACUAAUCAGAGAUAGAAUUGUUGUAGGACUGAGGGACAGGCGACUCUCAGAAAGACUGCAACUUGACCCAAAACUUACCCUAGAAGUAGCCAUAACACAAGCUAAACAGUCCGAAAUGAUAAAAAAACAACAAAGCGUAAUUCAUAAAGAAACUGCACCAGCCAAUGUAGACAGGAUCAGGAAAGCUAAGCCUAGCACACUAUCCAAGCCACAAACACCAGAGAAGUCAAACUAUGGAGGAAAAUGUGGUAAAUGUGGAGGUACGCAACAUCCUAAAGCCAAAUGUCCAGCCAAAGACUCCAAGUGCAAUAGCUGCCAUAAAAAGGGACAUUGGAGUAAGGUAUGCAGAGCAACAAAGUCAAAACCAGGACGCCUACUAGAAGUAGAUGAUACUGACUCGGAGCUGUUUCUGGGAGAAGUCAUUGAUGCAAUAAGUGUCACUACAGGAGAGCUAAAAACAGUACUACAGCUGAAUGGAAACCCAGUACAAUUCAAGAUAGAUACAGGAGCUGACGUUACUGUAAUAACAGAGAAUACCUACAAAAACACAAAACCACAACAAAGCCYGCAACAUACAAGCAAAGUUCUGAUGGGACCAUGCAAAUACAAAAUGACGUGUGUAGGUGUGUUCAAGCCAAACAUAUACSCUUCAUCAACAGACAAGAACACCAUAGAGCAAGUGUAUGUCAUCAAAGACCUAGAGAGAAAUCUGCUAAGCAGAACAGCUGCAGUGAAGUUAGGCCUGAUAUCGCUUGUCAAUGCAGUCAACAAGGAUCACUAUGGAAAAUCCAUAGAAGAGAAAUAUCCUGAGCUGUUCCUUGGUCUGGGACACAUGAAAGAUGAGUAUACGUAUAAGAUAACACUUGAAGAGAAUGCACAACCCUACUCACUGUCAGUUCCAAGAAAGGUUGCAUUGCCUUUAUACGAAAAUACCAAGAAAGAACUAGACCGCAUGUUGAAAUCAGGUGUAAUAUCCAAAGUAGACCAACCCACCGAAUGGUGUGCACCCAUGGUGGUACGACCAAAGUCAAAUGAUAAAGUAAGGAUAUGUGUGGACUUAACAGCACUCAACCGUUACGUAAAAAGAGAAAAUCACCCCCUACCAGCUAUUGAUACAACACUUGCUAAAUUGUCAGACGCCUCAGUUUUCUCCAAACUGGAUGCCAAUUCGGGAUUUUGGCAAACCCCUCUAGAUGAAGAAUCUCAACACCUGACAACUUUCAUCACACCCUGGGGUAGGUUCAUGUUCAACGUCUUGCCAUACGGAAUAAGCUCUGGCUCUGAGAAAUUCCAAAAGAACAUGAAUAUGAUCCUCGAGGGAUUGGACGGUGUAGAAUGCAGUAUUGAUGAUGUCCUGAUUCAUGGUAAAACACAAGGCGAACACGACACUCGACUUCAAACUGUCCUGGAAAGAAUAAGGGAUGCCGGAAUGACCCUAAACCUGAGCAAGUGUSAAUUCAGCAAACCUGAAGUCAAGUUCCUUGGACAUGUGAUAAGUGCUAGAGGUAUAGAGGCAGAUCCAGAAAAGGUGAAAGCAAUUGCCGACCUUCCAAGCCCUAAAAAUGUCAGUGAAGUUAGAAUGUUCUUGGGUAUGGUCAACCAGCUAAGCAAAUUCACACCCCACCUUGCUGAAAAGACUAAACCUAUCAGAGACCUACUACAAAAGAAUAACGCAUGGUGUUGGCAAGACUCACAGCAGAAAGCGUUCGAUGAUGUCAAAGGAUCUCUGUUGAAGAGACCAACGCUAGCAAAGUAUGAUGUAAACAAAGAAAUAAAAGUCUCUGCAGAUGCGUCGUCGUAUGGGUUGGGAGCAGUGGUGCUACAGCAGCAAACUGAUCAGACCUGGAGACCUAUAUCAUAUAUCUCAAGAGCAAUGACACCCACAGAAAAGCGAUACGCGCAAAUAGAGAAAGAGGCGUUAGCCAUCACCUGGGCCUGCGAGAGGUCUAGCGACUACAUCGUGGGAAAAGCUAUCUACAUUGAAACAGAUCACAAGCCAUUAGUGCCAAUUCUCACGACGCACACAUUGGAUCAACUCAGUCCAAGGAUUCAGCGAAUGAGAAUGAGACUGAUGCGAUUCAACUUCAAGGAAGUCAAGCAUDCACCAGGUAAAGAAUUGUGUGUGGCAGAUGCCCUUUCAAGACUACAAAGCAAACAGCAGAAUGCUGUGCCAACCAUCAGUGAUGAAGAAAUGAAGGCACACGUGGACAGCUUUAUUCAGACACUACCCGUCUCUGACGCAAAGCUGCAAGAGAUAAUCGAGCUACAAGACGAAGAUGUUGUGUGCAAGGAGCUAAAAAGGUUCUGCCUAGAGGGAUGGCCAAUCAAAGACAGACUGACAACAUCACUGAAACCAUACUGGAGUGARAGAGCAUCACUCGCAGUCGUUAACAAUCUUCUCGUUAAAGAGUCAAGGAUCGUAAUACCAUCAACCAUGCGCUUGGAAGUACUGGAUAAGAUCCACGAGGGACACCAGGGAAUAACCAAGUGUAGAGCCCGAGCAAAAAGUGCUGUUUGGUGGCCUGGACUCAGCCGAGAAAUACAAGACAUGGUUAGUAAUUGCAGAAUUUGUGCAAAACAGCAAGAGGCCAGAAAGGAACCACUUAUGCCAACUCCUAUGCCAGAACGCCCCUGGCAAGUCAUAGCUACUGACUUAUUUCAGCUACAAAGUGACAUUUACCUACUCAUUAUAGACUAUUUCUCAAGAUAUGUUGAAGUGGCAAAGGUAACCCAGUCACAGACAUCACAGGAAAUCAUAAAGAAGUUAAAGGAAGUCUUCGCAAGACAUGGUGUACCUGAGCAGAUAAGAUCUGACAAUGGACCGCAGUACUCUUCAGCAGAGUUUGCUCAAUUUGUAAAGGAGUGGGGAAUCAAACACACCACUAGCAGUCCAAAGUUCCCCAGUUCCAAUGGCGAGGUUGAGAGAGGUGUUAGAACUGUAAAGAAUCUGUUAAAGAAAGGUGAGGACCACUGGAAAGCACUCUUAUCAUACAGAUCCACCCCAUUAGCCUGCGGCCAUUCCCCAGCGGAGCUGUUGAUGGGCAGGAAGCUAAGAACAACAUUGCCAAUGUUGCCAUCUGCCUUGACACCAAAGUGGCCAAACAUGGAAG